GAACGUUCAAAAAAAGCGCGUUUUUUUCUGCGUUUUGUAGUGGCAAGAGCAUUUUAUAGUUGUUGUUUUUUUUGUAAAACUAGUUGUCAAGUAAUAGUAACAACGUUAUGUCUACAAAGAAACUGGCCAAAGAGCUUGGAUUGUUGAGGCAGAGGAGUCAGUCUUCUAACGGCUUAAAGAAAUCAUUGGUAGCUAAUCAAACAUUUUCAUACCUGAUUGUGAUUGAUUUUGAGUCCACUUGCUGGAGAGAGAAAAACAGCUACAGCCAGGAAAUUAUUGAGUUUCCUGCCGUUCUGCUAAACACGUCCACAGGGGAGGUCGAAUCAGAGUUUCACACUUAUGUUCAACCCCAAGAACAUCCCACUCUGUCCGAGUUCUGCACUGAGCUGACCGGGAUUACACAGGUGCAAGUUGAGGCAGGGAUCCCUCUUCAGAUCUGCCUUUCUCGGUUCAGCCGCUGGCUACAACACCUGCAGCUCGAUAUGGGGGUGGUCUUUCCCAAUGCACAACAGAGAUCUUCUGCAUCUUCAGCUUCUCAAAAACUGUGUACUUUCCUCACAUGGUCAGACUGGGAUCUUGGUGUUUGUUUGCAAUACGAGUGUAAACGCAAGCAGCUCCAUAAACCGGAUGUGCUGAACAGCUGGAUAGACCUGAGAAGCACCUACAGGAUGUUUUACGACAGGAAACCGAAAGGCCUGAACGGGGCACUACAGGAUCUGGGAAUCCAGUUUUCAGGGAGAGAACAUUCUGGUUUGGAUGAUGCUCGAAAUACAGCUCAGUUGGCAGCGAGGAUGAUGAGGGAUGGGUGCGUGAUGAAGAUCACUAAGAGCCUGGUGAGGACCCCAUUAAUGGUCAAACCCAUGUUUGGAAACACAGCUGCAGACAACAAGAAAGAAACCUCCAACACUGAUAAAGUGGAAAACACACUUACCACAAGCAAACCCUCAUUAUCCAAGAUUCCUCCCAAAUCAUGUCAGACGAAAUCGUGUUCAGAGUUAAAUACGAGGGAUUUAGACUCAAAGGAGAGCUCAGGUUCAGUUCAGGAAUCUGUUCAAAUCUGUCAAAGCCUGAUCUCACCAAAGACACUGCUGAAUGGUACAACUCCACCACCAUGGGGAUACAACAGGAGGUCAGUAACAGCAGAAGCUGUCACAAAUAUUUCCUCUUUAGUUAUGAGAAGUUGUCCUUCACCACACAAUAAUAGUAGCAGCAGCAGCAGCAGCCUUGUUCUGUGUUCUACUACUGUGGGCUGCCUUUCAAAUAAGCCUCAGCCAAACCAGCCCUCAAACACAGGAGCAGCAGUAGGACUUGUGGAUGAAGAGGAAGGUGGAGAUCUUUCAGUGGAAACAGAGGACAGGUGUGGUUCAUAUGAUGAUGUGGUGUUGGAGGGUGACGAGAAUGUCGUCAGUGAAACGGAGAGAGACUCUGACGUCGAUUAUGUGCCAGAUUUUGACAGCGGAUGUCAUGUGUGGGCCGAUACAACACAUGCGUCAGGCGGUCAGGUCGCAUCAACAGACAACAUGAGAGAAACAGUGAACGUUGAAAACGACUUUAAAACUCAAAAGAUGACCAGCGAGUCAUCAACGACGUCUCUAUCGACAAAGAAGAUGAGCUCCCACUCAAAUGAAAUCAGGCAGCAUUCAACGAUCUCAGAGCCCAGAGCUUAUUUUGCUGUGCCUAAAACUGUUACUUGGGACUCCAAAUCAAAUCAGCACAAAACAGGACUUAAAACCUGUUUACUGGUAAAAGAAAAGCCCCAUAAAACAAACACACCUUUUCAAUUCAGGCAUAAAACCUUCAUGCCAGAAAAGACCUCCACCCCCAAUACCUCAUUUGCCAGGCCCAGAGCAGUCGUCACACAACACGCAAAUCACAAAGAGACUCCAAAAUCUUCCUUCACCAUCUUCACUGACCCUGCAGAACUCCCCCGUCCCUCCUUAUGUGGCUCUCUUAGCACCUCCAAGAAUGUCCUCUCCUCUCUGUCAGCCAACAAACCCUCCUCGUGUACAAGUCGUUCCUCCUUUUCUAUGACAAUGAAAGGGGGACAGAGGAUCACAUCCCCACUGUGUGCGUGUGGGCGUCGCGCGAAGCGGCAGGUCGUGUCCAAUGGUGGUCCGAACCACGGGCGAGGGUUUUUUUGCUGUCCGGUGCGCCGGUCAGGUGGCAGAGGCGAGGUCCAGAAGGGCUGCGAAUUCUUUAAGUGGGAGUCAGCUCUGAUGAAGAGCAGCUCAGUGGCCUCUCCUGCUGUCCGGUCCUCUGUCUCACUCUGUCAGAUCAACUCGAGGCUGAGCUGCGGUCGUCCUCAGAGGUCAACGAUAAGAAAGAGCUACUAGCCCGGAGAAAAAAGACUGAUCCUGUAUGUUCUACCUCUGUUUAACACAAAGACGCUGCCUCAAUAAUGUUUGUCGACUUGUAGAGAGAUCUCCUUUUAUAAACCACACACAGCAGUACAAAUCAAAACCAUGCGUCACUAACAUAAUGAAUGCUCAGUUUAAUUUAUUGAUUAUACUUUGAAUAAUUAAUUGGCUUUUAUUAAAUGCACUCACACAUUUAGUCAUACUUUGUAGGACGUUAAAGUGUAAUGAGUAUACGUGUGUAAUGAUUCAAGUGUAAUGAGUAUUCAUAUAGUCUACUUUUUAUUUUGUAUUUGUUUUUUUUUUCUCAAAUGUUCUCUGUCUCUGCUGCUAUUUUUCUUCCCACUGCUAUCACAUGCUGCUGUAAUGCCCAAA